AUGGAUUUUGUUGUGGGGUUACUGAGAUCGAUACAUAACCAUGAUACAGUGUGGGUGAUAGUGGACCGAUUGACUAAAUCAGCUCAUUUUCUACCCAUUCGAGCUACUGAUACUGUAAAGGAAUUAUCUUUUAGUACUCCUUUGAGUUUGAGUACUGCUUUUCAUCCUCAGAACGAUGGCCAGUUCGAGAGGGUCAUUCAGGCUAGUAUCGGCAUGGCACCGUAUGAGGCACUUUAUGGUAGACCUUGUCAUUCACCUAUAUGUUGGGCUGAGGUUGGUGAUGUAUCACCAAUGAAAGGGGUUACGAGAUUUGGUAGAAAGAAAGGGAAGUUAGCUCCUCGAUUCAUCGGACCUUUUGAGAUUACAGAGAGGAUUGGGGAGGUGGCGUAUAGAUUGGCUCUACCACCUAGACUAUCAGCUGUUCACGAUGUUUUCCAUGUCUCUAUGUUGAGGAGGUGCUUGAGGGAUGAGACUCAGGUCAUUGACUGCGCAGAGGUCCAGAUUCGCCCUAAUACGACCUAUGUUGAGACGCCUGUGCGCAUUGUUAACAGUAUAGUGAAACAGUUGAGGCGGGCAGAGAUACCUCUGGUGAAGGUGCAGUGGAAUCAUCAGGAUGAGAGAGAGGCUACUUGGGAGCUAGAGUCAGAAAUGAAGGGAAAGUAUCCACAUCUAUUCGAAUAA